AUGGAGGUAGCGGAUGAUCAAAAAACCAUCAACGAGCUCCAAGCGAGCUGGAUCUGGACCCCCGACUGGGUCGAUUCCUCUCCCGACAAUACCGCUGGUCGAAUCGUCCACUUCACUCGGACCGUCAAUCUCUCGUCCCGACCGUCUCGGGCACUGCUGCGCUUUUCUGCUGACACCCGAUACAAGCUAUUCGUCAAUGGAGUCCGCGUCGCCGUUGGACCGACCAGGAGCAGUCCGCUCAUUUGGUACUAUGACACCCUGGAUAUCGCGCCAUUCCUGAAUACCGGAGAAAAUGAGAUUCGGUUCGUGGUGGUCCGGUACUUUGCAGCCUCGCGCAGUGCGAUGCCGUUUGAGAGGACGUUAAGGCCCGGUUUGACGGUUGUCGGCUGCGUGGAGGCAGGGAGCGAAGUCGUGGAGCUCAAUUCGGGACAGGGCUGGCAGGCCCAAGUGGAUGAGGGCAUUCGCUUCCCGAUGGGUUUGGCGGACGACGUGUUUCUUCAUGUACGUGCUCACAUGAACGCGCUCUUGUCAUUUUCUAACUUGUCACAGAUCAGCGAACGUAUUGUGCCCACACCUCCUGCUCCCAAAGUGACUCCGACGGCAUAUGGUAUCAAGACACUGAAUGGAGACAUCCCGCCUUGGAACCUGCGCCCACGCGCCAUUCCGAUGCCAGAAUCGAGCCGCGCUGUGGUUAAUACUGUUCGAGCAUGCGAGAGUACUGCGUCCGUGGACGACUGGACAGGCCUUCUGUCUAGUGAUCGGCCACUAACCCUUCCCGGGGGCUCUUCGCACAUGGUUGAGUUGCAAGCAGAUGUUCACUCGACUGCAUUUGUCCGAUGGACCUUUAACGGAAGCUCACACGUCCACCUUCGCGUGACGUACUCAGAGGGAUACGAACUUGAGCCUCGCUCGUACCCAUUCUUUCGGUCCAAGGCUGAUCGGCUGGACUCCAAGAAUGGGCAAAUAGUUGGCCCAUAUGACGAGGCAACGCUGAAUCUGACGGGCGAGCAAAGCGUCGUUUAUGAACCGUUCUGGUUUCGAACUUUCCGUCUGCUGAGACUUGAAAUCACCGUUGGACCGGAGCCCGUCGAGCUCCUGCAGUUCGAGGCUACCCAGGUCAAUUAUCCCAUGGCAGUGAAGGCUACCUGGAACGAGCCUGGCGACCAAGUUACUAAACAAAUCUGGGAUGUGUCCAUCCGAACGAUGCGAAACUGCAUGUUCGACGGCUACUCCGACUGUCCUUUCUACGAGCAGCUUCAGUAUUCCGGUGAUAGUCGCUCGGUGGGCCUGUUUCACUACCUCCUUUCUGGCGAUGACAGACUCAUGAGACAGGCCAUCACCAACUUUGCAGCCUCGGUCACACCAGAGGGUCUCACGCAGUCCAGAUUCCCCUCUCAUGUUCCACAAAUCGUCGCUGGAUUCUCCCUGUAUUGGAUUCUACAGGUAUGCGACCAUCACCUCUUUUUCGGUGACAAGAAGUUUGCCCGUGGCUUUGUGCCUCGCAUCGAUGGUGUUCUCGACUUCUUUGAUUCUCAUAUCGAUGAUCUGGGUCUGGUCAGCGGACUGCCGGAGGCUGUAUGGCAGUAUGUAGACUGGGUUACCACAUGGGGUGCGACUGAGGAGCACGCGGAUAAGGGUGUGCCAACCGCAGGCCGCAAGUCAAACAGACACACAUACUUCAGUAUGCUGUAUGCCUACGUCCUUCAAAAAGCAGCCCAGCUUGUCCGUGAUGCUGGGCGUCCCGGUCACGCAGACGAGUACGAAUCGCGAGCCGCGUCGCUUCUCAAAGCAAUCCGAACUCAUUGCUACGACGGAGCAUUCUUCACAGACUCGACGGCCAACAUUACAGAGGAUGGGGCCUUUUCUGAACACUGCCAGGUCUUCGCAGUUCUGUCGGGCGCUGCUGCACCCGAGAGUUGCGCAUCGCUCUUAGCUCAUUCGCUUGGCAACCCGCAUUUCUCCAAGUGUUCGUAUAUGAUGCGUUUCUACAUGCUUCGAGCACUCUCGAUGGCUGGCGAUGAUGUUUACGAAAGAUAUUGGGACUCCAUGUGGGUCCCUUGGCGGCAGAUGCUUGCGAAUAACCUCUCAACUUGGGAAGAGGAUGAUGUACGACAACGCUCUGAUUGCCAUGCCUGGGGAAGCGUGCCCAUCUAUGAGUACUGUACCGAGCUAGCGGGCAUUCAGCCUAUUGCCUCGGGGUGCACGAAAGUACUCUUCAAGCCUCGUCUUCGUCUGAGCGCGGCCCUGGAGGCAAAGAUCGCCCUUGGUAGGGACAAUCUUGCUACGGUAUCUUGGCAGACUGGCGACAGUGGUGAGAAACAAGUCACACUACGGCUUGAGAAAGCUGUGGUUGUCAUCAGCCAACUCCCCGGAGGAUUAAAACAGGACCAUGGAGUCGUCGACUCUAUCAAUCUAAUGUACAAAGAAGGAUUUAUAUAG